UUUCCUAACUUGGAGGUUACACAAAUCAUUGACAUGGAUAACCUGAAGAUGUUGUGGCACAAUCAUCAACUCGUACCAAAUUCCUUUCGCAAACAAGUAAAGUUGGGUGGAUGUAAAAAUCUAAUUAACAUUUUUCCGCCUAAUAUGUUGAGAAGACUCCAGAAUCUUGAACAAUUGGAUAUAUGGAAUUGCAAUUCUGUAGAAGAGGUAUUUGAAAUUAGAGGGGCAAAUGUCAAUGAAAUUUGUGAUACAGUAUCAACUCAGUUGAGAUUCCUGUGGUUAUUCAAUCUUCCGAAGCUUAAGCAUGUAUGGAGUUUGGAUCUCGAAGCAAUUUUGACAUUUCAAAAUCUACAUACUGUUGAAGUUUUUCAAUGUAAAAUUCUGAAAAGUCUUUUUCCGGUCUCAGUGGCCAAGAGUCUUGAACAAAUUGAGAGUCUAACAAUACACGAUUGUGGAUUGGAGGAAAUUGUUGCCCUGGAAGAAGGAGUGGAAACAACAAUUAAGUUUGUGUUCCCACGAAUAACCUCUCUAGUUCUUGAAUCGCUGCCUGAACUCAAGUAUUUUUAUCCAGGAAAACACACUUUAGUGUGGCCAUCGUUGAAAAGGUUGAGGAUAAAGAAUUGUGACAAAGUGAAGAUUAUUGCUUCGAAUGAGUUAAGCUUCCAAGAAAGAGAUGAGUUGGGGCAUCAUGUUCAGAUUCAGGGGCCCCUCUUUCCAAUUGAAAAGACAUACGAUCGAUUAAAAGCACGGUUCUCUUGCAAACUAGAAGUCCUCGGGCUGUACAGCAAAGAUCGGUCAACAGCAUUCCCUUGGGUAUUUGUUCAAGGAUUGUACAAUCUUAAGGAGCUUGACUUCGUUAAUUUUUUCUUGGAAAAAAUUUGUCCAUGUGGAAUUGGCGAUAACGAAGGACAAUAUGCUGAGAUGUUCGAACGUUUGACAACUUUACAUCUAUCUUGUUAA